GAGCUUCAUUUCGGUACUGCGCGCGAAUCUCGAAUUCAUAGCCGACGGCUUAGCGGCGAGGUCUGGAUUCUGGAGAUACAGAGAGAACUGCUAGAGGUUUGUGCUCUUACCGAUUCCCUUUCUUCUCCGGAGAUUUUUUGAAGAUGGAAGAGGAGAAGGUUAAGAAUGAAGAAGAGGAGUUUAACACUGGUCCACUUUCUGUACUCAUGAUGAGUGUGAAAAACAAUACACAGGUUCUCAUAAAUUGCCGGAACAAUAAGAAGCUUCUAGGUCGGGUGAGGGCCUUUGAUCGUCAUUGCAAUAUGGUGUUGGAAAAUGUUAGAGAGAUGUGGACUGAGGUACCAAAGACGGGUAAAGGCAAGAAGAAAGCUCAGCCUGUUAACAAGGAUCGAUUCAUUAGCAAGAUGUUCCUUCGAGGGGAUUCAGUUAUCAUUGUUCUUAGGAAUCCCAAGUGAGAGGUACUCCUUUGAACAAUAUAAGUACUCUCAGUAUCGAACAAAUUGUUAUUUUGACAUUUUCUUAGCACUUAGUGCUGAUUUAGAUUGAAAAUUCCAGUUGUAGUAGUACUAAUGUAACGAAAGAUUGAAUCUACUUAUUUCGUCUUGCAUUUUAUAUCACUUAUAAAAAAUAUUGAUGUCUA